AUGCCGAUUUCUUCAACCAGGUGUGGCCUCCUCACUACGCCGCCGCUGGGCAUCGACCUCAGUGACCGAAAUCGCAAGGAGAUAUACCUCCACACCGACCGUGUCAUCGAGAAAGUCGGCAACCGAUAUAUCCUGAAGACCACCGGCAACACGCUCUCGCCCAACCGGCGACAUCACAACAUCCUCGAGGGCCGCGUCCCGGGUUACACUCUGGCUGACUGCUGGCAAGAGCUCUCAUUAGGAGCCAAGCUCGACAUCGCUCAGGAGAUUGUCAACUAUAUGCUGCAGCUCUCGCGCUUCACCAACUGGCGCAUGGAGACCGUGUCGGGCAAGCGCCUCCCCAACAACUGCUUCAACCCGCGGCCCCGGGACUCGCGCGGCUACCUGUCCGGGCGCUGGUCCACGGACGACGACAUCUUCAACAACGAGUUUUACCCCUCCCUUCGUCGUGCCGGUCUGAGCCGCGAGACGAUCCGCAGGAUUCGCCGGACCAUGGCCCCCUGCUGGGGGCAGAUGGUGCUCACGCACUGUGACCUGUUCGUGGGGAACGUCAUGGUGGAUCCGAAGCGCGGCGUCAUCACGGGAAUUAUCGACUGGAAGAGCGGCGGGUACUGGCCGGAGUGGUUCCAGUACGCGCGCAUUACGCACGGGUGCAGCAAGGACGACGGCGAGUGGAAGUGGAUGCUGAGUAGGGCGUCGCGAGACUACAUUAGGCACGCCGAGCACGGCCGGGUGUGGUGGGGCAUGGUGCAGACUUUUCUUUACGAGCCCGACAGUGCGGAGGCGAUGGUUUGGUUGGGCCUGCUUUUGGGUUAUCUCAACGGGCGGGUGAGCAGGGCGACGCUGGAGAGGUAUCAGGGCAUUGGUGAGCAUCUCAGGGAGCAGACUCAACAGAGGAACCGGGACAUGGCAAGGAUGCUCAGUAAUAGGGGAGGGAGGGGCGUGGAAGGGUACUACAGCACUGUCCUUGGAUAUGGAACGUUCGAGCAGAGAAGGGACACUCACCAACAAAGACACAAGCUGGACCUGUCAAAGCAGUUGCGGCAGUUCCAGUCUCAUGAAGCAGGCUCCUGA